AUGUCAAUGUCGGCGCUCGUGUCCACACUGCGCGGCCCGGGUAGGCAGCAGCUCUUCUUUUCAACCACCGCCAUGACCGUGAGGCAGGCGACGGGCUCCCACCUUCUCCGUAUCCCUGAGUUCACGAAAGUCCGGAACAUGGUGGCCAUGGGGAUGAAGAUGAGAUCAAGCAGGUUCGCCGUCUGCGGCCACAACUGGCGUAUCAAGUGCUUUCCAAACGGCUUCACAGAGGAGCACGAGGCCUCCCACAUCUCCCUGUCCAUCGACAGUGCCAGCAGCAGCUCAUGGACCAGCAGUCUAUGGGCAAAGGCCCAGAUGAGUGUACUUGACCACGCCGGAACGCCAUGCUACACUCAAAGCUCGCAGCGUGACUUCUCCUUCACUUGGAGCUUGCUAGAGUUUGUCCGCCACGAGGAUCUCGACAAGGAGAAGCAUCUCAAAGACGACUGCCUGACCAUCCUGUGCGACCUCACCGUCACCGUCAAGGUUGCGCCGAUGCCGCCGUUCGCCUUGCGCGGUCAGCUCGCCGAAGCCAUCUGGAGCAAGGAAAGACCGAACGUGAAGAUCGAGGUCGGCCAUCAGACCUUCGCCGCGCACCGGUGGAUACUGGAGGCCCGAUCCCCCGUCUUCAAGGCGGAUCUCUCGAUCGCCUCGAGAAUCAACGACCACGAGGACACCGACCGAGUACUACGCGUGGACGACAUGGACCCGCAGGUGUUCAAGGCUCUGCUCCAGUUCGUCUACACCGACUCGCCCCCCGAGACGAGCCUGCUCGAGGAGGCGUGGAUGGCGGAGGGGCUGCUCGUCGCGGCAGACAGGUAUGAGCUGGAGAAGCUGAAGCGCAUCUGCGAGGAGGCACUGUGCCGGCGCAUCAGCAUGGGAUCUGUGGCUGACACUCUGGAGUUGGCGGACCGACACCGUUUCCCCGUGCUGUGGGACGCGUGCAUGCGGCUCCUCUCUUCUCCUGGCAAUCUUGAAGCAUUCAUGGCGGCACAUGGUUCAUAG